GGUUGAAAAAUUAUUGCACCCAAACGUGCUGAGAUAUUGCGUAAAAAUACCGCACCAAUAUCUCGUCAAUACCCACAUUACAUGAGGCGUUAAAAUCAUGCAAUUUAUACGCAAUGAAUGGUGGGUGCGAAGAGACAGGCAACGCGCGAGAGUUUGAAUCUAAGAGAAGCGUGGUAUUUCCUUUUCUCUCCCACCCUCGCAGUCUCGUAAAUUCCCUGUUAAUUUAAUUCCCUGUUAAUUUAUCUGUUGUCUCAAUGUCGCCAAAAAAAUAUUACAUAAUUGAAUUCCCCCCUGAUAAAUACAAUUCAGUGCCUGUGGAGCUUGUUCUAAGUCACUGGGUUAUCCCCGCAGAGAAAGUUUGUCUCUGGCCACCAAACUCUGGGCCAAGUAUUAGAAAUUUGAUAAAAAAGGGCACUGCUAUUCCUGAUGUCAAGUGGGGAAGAGUUAGCUACGCCAGGAUUAUUGGGAAUUACGAUGAUUAUGAAGUUGCGACAAAAAAACUUCAAGUAGCCGAGGACACUUCCAACUUGGAAAGUGAAACAGAACCAGAAAGCAGAUUAAGGAGCAAGAAGAUAAUUCCCGAUAUUCAGCCCAGCAGCACACGAGGGGAUGUAACGUCUUCAUCCGAUGAGGAGGAUAGCGACGCGAACAAAAACAGUCCUCCGUCUGGCUCACUUCUGGAUAAUUUGGAGCUGGACCAACCAUUGAGCAUUCCUGAAAUAAUUCCCGAAACUGAAGAGCAAAGCAAUCUACAAGUAGGAAAUCAAGGUGAAACUGGAGACACCUCUUUUGUUGUUGUAAAUUCGCAGGAGUUAAAUGAUUUACGGCUGUUGAUUUCAAGGACAACGCAAAGUGUGCUAACUUUGUUGGAAAAGCAGGCUGAAGACAUUAAAGACAUUAAGGCUUUACUGAUUAAUGUGAAACAAAGGCCGGAUGGUAGGAAGGCUCCCAAUUUCAGUGCCAUUCCAAAAUUACCCCUCGACAACGAGGUAGCACUGGCGGAGUUUGAAUCUUGGCUCGAGGUGGAUUCAAAUCGCGAAUUACUGGUUGAAUAUUUGGCAUUUUCAACUGCGACACAGAUCGAGGCGAGCACUAGAAAAAUCUUGAAAAAAUUAUUUACGAAUGAAUUUGGCAGGCGAAUUAAUUUUACGGGUAAAGGAAACAAGACAUCGAUGAAAAACCUAAAACUAUUGGAAGUCGUAAAAGAAACCGUGCGAAACGUCUUUACAGUUGAGUCCGUUCCCGAUCCCAAAAAUCCCAGCGGCCGUAUUCCCACCGAUGAUAUAAUUCAAACUGCAGCAAUGAAUUGGUUUCGUUCUUCAAAAAGUAUCGAGAUGGAAAAUCACCGAGAAACAUUAGGCGAAUAAUUGCAAAACGGGUUAGAGAGAAUC